CCCUCAUCCGGGAUGGGUUUUCGUUUUCGGUGCCAUUGGAGGCUCAGUAUGUCUUCUAGGGUGCUGUUUGCGCGCUUGGCCGCAAAAGUGUCUGAAGGAGAAGCUUGUGCGUUUUGCAUAGCGCGCCAAUUCCGUCGUUCAAUCCACCAGCAAGUUCUACGAAAUGGCCCUAUGCAGCCGCGGCCGCAAUCCACCCGGCCUACACAGAGCCCUACCCUAGGACAUAUUCAGACCCGAGGAGCGGCCUCGAGGCAAGCGCCGAAGCCUGCAGAUUAUGAGAGUUUCCGGAAGGAGGUGAACCGGGCGGCACGCAAGAAAUGGUUCACGCAGCAGGCCAGAGACAAGUUGAUCAACCUGAAGCCACAAUACGCACUGGAGUUUCUGGAAGAGUUUACCUCGACCGAUGAAGGAGAUUCUGGCGAGAGAGUCAAGGCUAUAGCUGAAAAGGAGAAAAUCCAACUGAUAGACCUCACCAAUAUCGCGCAUAGCACAUGGCAUAUCCCCGAUGUCAAGAGCAAGAAGACCGGAGAACUUGUCUCAAGUCGUCAUAAGGUCGUAGCAAGGGACCUGUUCCUGGCUCUGAGCAGUGCGGGCGAAGUCAAUGCCACGCUGCACUUGAACAGAGCGGUUUUCCUGCGCAAUAGGCAUCUCGUUGCCCGAGAGGUAGCCGGACUUUUAUCGCCUGGCGAUGUUCAGAAAGCGCGCUUAAAGCUGCAAGAGGCUGCUACAAAGAAGAAUGCCGAGGCCAUCUCGCUCACGGGCGAAAUAUGGGCAGCGGAGGGGAAGAAGAAGGCUGCACGGGAGUUAUACGAGUCGGCAAUGAAGGUCGUGAAACUUAAACCUGACCCCAAGGCGGUCCGUAGGCCGGGGUUGCCGCAGGCACCUCCCUGGAUUUGCUUGGGAUACUCUCUCCUCGACGACCAGACCCCUGAAUCAACUGAGAGAGCGAAGGAAAUCUUUCGAAUAGGCGCGGUAGAGGCCGACGACCCUCUCGCUUGCUUUCAUUAUGCGCUGCUCACGGAGAGGGGUAGCGGAGAAUGGCUGAGGUUCAUGACCAAGGCAGCUGGUUCGGGCCAUCUUGAGGCGAUGUAUGAGCUCGCGAAAUUCUACCACGAUGUCGACAUUAAGAAAGCCGCCUCGUCGAAUGAUAAAACGCUGGUCAACGCUCUCAGCUGGCUCAAAGAUUGGAAGCUCAGCAAUUCCAAGUAUCUUGCCGACGAGUGGUUCCUUGCUGCUGCGAUGGCAGGCCACAAGCCGUCUAUGUUCCACUUGGCCCAAGAACAUGAAGCUAAAGAGGAAUACGAGGAGGCUCGGACGUGGUAUGCAAUGGUGGUUGAGCCGCCGUCAAAACAUAAGAAGGAGCACUGGCCGGACCUUCCCGCGAAGGCGCAGAGCUGUCUCAAGGCCAUGGAAUCUAAGUAAUACAAGGUGUGUACAGUGCCGUUGAGAUGCUGUUGUACGAGUUUUUGUUGUAGUAAGGUCAUAUUAUAGGCAUUUUCCUUCGAAGAUACCCCUAUCAUCUAAUCCAGUGCGCAAUCUAUUUGUGUCUACUAAGGC